GUGGAGUCUCGUGUGAGCCUGACCAAAAAUUCGCACUGAGCGAGGUGUGGAUAGUGUGUGCCGUGUGGAAUUGUUUCUCCAUUGGUAAUACUUGUUGCUGGUGAGCUGACUUACCUGCUGGUGAUCUACGGAAACAUGGCACCAUCGACUAGCACAGUAGGACCGAUCCCUACUCAACCCCAGCUGAAGCAGGAGAAGAAAGAGCCUGUGACAACUGUUGGGGUGAGCGCCAAGUGGGGCAUUAUCAUGACCCUGCUCAAUCUGGUUUAUGGUCAUCUACUUGUAGCCACGCAGCUACCCCCUGAUCCCCGCCAAGACUCUUGGCUCCUUAUGAAGUCUCCCCUCCCGACUUACUUUCUUUCACUCGGCUACGUCAUCGGCGUCACUUGGCUUGGGCCCAAGUUCAUGGAAAACAGGAAACCUAUUUCAGGUCUCCGCCCCGUCAUGGUGGCCUACAACACGUUUCAAGUUGUCUACUCCUCGUGGCUGGUGUACGAGACAUGUUUAGGAGGAUGGUUCACCAACUAUAGCUUCCGCUGCCAGAUAUGUGACUUCUCCAAUGACCCGCAAGCUAUCAGGAUGCUUCAUGCCUCAUACUGGUACUACUUCUCCAAAUUCGUGGACUUCUUCGACACUGUGUUCUUCGUGCUGAACAAGAAGCAUGAACACAUCUCUCUCCUGCAUGUUGUUCACCACUCACUGAUGCCUGUUAGUAUGUGGUAUGGCGUUCGCUAUCAGCCAGGUGGCCACAGCACGUUCAUGGGUUUGCUUAACUCCUUUGUCCACGUCGUGAUGUACCUGUACUACCUGCUGGCGGCCAUGGGUCCCCGCGUCCGUCCCUUCCUCUGGUGGAAGAAGUACCUCACCAGCCUCCAAAUGGUACAGUUCGUCGCCGUGAUGCUCCACGCAGUUCAGCUUGCUUUCAUCGAGUGCCCGGUACCGUCACAGAUGACCUGGUGGAUCUGUGGCAACGCCUUCAUGUUCUUCUUACUGUUCGCCAACUUCUACCUGCGGGCCUACACCGGGAGCAGUAGGCCCAGACCUCAGGAAAAAGAACAGUCAAGUGUCUCCAUUGCGAGAGAAUCAAGGGGUGUUCGUGGAGGCACUUUGAGUGGAGUGUCCAGACGCGGGGUGCCCAAUGGUGUCGCUGAGGCAGCUUGCAAGACUAUGGAGAUGUGUGAGAACAUGGCUCUUAGAAGUCGCCUGGGUGCCCUUUAGUUUGCUGUGCCAGUCGAUCUUGUUGCAUUUUUAGAGAAAUACUAAUGUAAUGGACAGAUAAAAAUGCGUUUAUACUGUAGACACGAUUUAGUGAUGUAUAAUAAUGACUAGAAGCAAGUUGUCACGACCAGGUCAGGCUAAGGUAUCGCAAGGCAUUAGUGUUUUUAUAUGACUUGUGUCAGGUUGAAGUAGAUCUGAGUCAACACAGUUUACCGAAAUUAUCUCUUUGCAUGAUAGUAUUUUUUCUAGUUCUUGCCUCCCGGCCCCGCUGCCUGCAGGAGGUGAGAACAAUGAGUCAAGUUGUGUGGACAUGCGAAGCACCAAAUUUUUUUAGGCUACCUGUACCAGCAAUGAACAUCAUUGUAGUGAUUUCAGAAGGUCUUUGAUAACCAAUAAUAGCUGACCUAACUUUUGUUUUGUGUUGUAUUCAGUUCAUUCACUUCAGGAUUUUUAGAUAGACUUCUUUGUGGUCCAAAUUUUACUAGAUCAAGUAUGAGCCAUUAACCAUUAACCAAACUUAUCUAGAGUGAAUAGAGGAACCUUCGCUAGCUGGUGGUUACAGGGAGUUCCAAACACAGUAGUCCCUUGAUGAAGCGACAUUAGGCCAGCACUGGUGUUGGAUGUUUGUGUGCAUGAGUGGACGUAAAAAUAUAAUCAAUAUCGUGUAUGUGACGGUGGUAAAAGAUUGUGACAUACUUCCCUAAAAUGUUGAAUUUCCAUAACUAUCAAAGUGUGUUAUUCAUUUUAUUUAUUUAUUUUUUUAUCCAAAUACUAUUAUGACGCUAUGUAAAACCAACACGUAUUUACGUCAUGUUUUGGAUAAAUCCAUUAAGUAAUAAGAGAUCCAUAGGUUUAGGAACACCAGGUCCAGAAUGGUUUAAUUAUUAAGGAAAUGUUAACAGAGAUUACUGCUACAUUACAUACAGUACUUAUAUAGCACUCUAUGUAUACUGAACCCCAUCCCUUGUGUAGUUAAUUAUAAGUAUAUUGAGAUGUAUAUUUUUGGUAUAUAGGUUUAAGCGAAACAAAACAUUACUGUUAUGAAAUAGAAAUCACAGUAUAUGUCCUGUUGUUUUCCAAAUAAUAUGAUGUGUAUACAAUAUUAGUCUCGGUUAUUGUAUGUGCUUGCGACUUGAUAGCAUCCUGUCUUCACUAUCACACUGAUUUACUGUUUGGAUUCAGGACUUGUAUCUUUCGUGAUUUUCAAUUGUUGGUGGAUUAGUGUAACGAAGAGAGGUAAAGCCAAAGCACUGAGGUUAGGUUAGGUUAGGAUAAGUUAGCGUAGGUUAGAUUAGGUUAGGUUAGGUUAGGUUAGGUUUGUGCUCGGUGAUUGUUUGGCGUUGUUUAUUAUUUGAAGGUCUUAGAAGCUUUAUUCACCAGAAAUGUGAUGUGGUCUAUAUGAAGGGGUUAUAACUUCUACCUUCACAGGACCACGUUCUGGCCUCUUCAUGUAAGACUUUGUUAUCAUCUCUUUUUGUUCAAAUUAAAUAAUGCCUUUAUAUUUUUUUUGUUUCUGAGUUCUUUUAAUCUUAUUCAAUCAUAUUCAUAGUUCAUUGGAUAAAAUUUUCAUCUCCCACGACUGUUCGCCUCCAACACCAAAUUGUUCAA